GGGCAACACCUUUUGAUUGAUAUUGAAGAUGUCGAUACGGAGUUUUUGGACUCGGAACAACAUCUGGCACAGGCCAUGGUAGAUCUCAUUACACUCAGUGGCUUGACACUUCUGUCGUAUCAUUGCCACGCCCUGCUACCUACGGGAGUGUCCUGUGUUGGAGUGCUGUUAGAAUCUCACAUAUCCUUCCACACCUGGCCGAAGUCGGGAGUCAUUGCCUUGGAUCUGUUUACUUGCGGC